AGUAAUAUGACACCAAUUGUCAAAGUGUCAAAUCGGAAGUAACGAAGAUUAGGAAUAAAAUAUAUUAAUAUUUCUAAUUUUGAAUAGAAGUCGUCAUUCAUCUCCUAUAUUAACAAAGAAACACUGGAAAUUAUCUAUAGAAGAUGAGUUCUAACUAAUAAUAUGACUUCGGGGGUAAUCAAAUAAAAGAUCCGAUUAUCAUUCGUCUGUUUAAUUCAUGGGCAGCUUGGGGGAAUAUCCAUGAGUUAAUGCAUCAAAGAGAGAUGCUCUUGAAAAUCACGAAUUUGCCUGUUUCUACUUGAAGGGAAUUAUCUCAUCUCGAAUAUGAAGAAUUCGAAACUUGAUCCUGUUCCAGAGGUUGGACCAGCUCCAGCACUUCCCCCUAGAAAGUAUUCUGUCUCAGGACCCAGAACUUCAAAGAAGUCCGUUACUGAUAAGGACCCUCUAUCACUUCCCAGUAAUAGCAAUUCCCUUCAGGAUGCAGAAUGGUAUUGGGGUAAUAUAAGUAGAGAAGAAGUGACUGAUAAGCUACAGAACACCAUUGAUGGGACAUUUCUUGUCCGAGAUGCUUCCAGUAAAGGUGGUGAAUACACCCUAACGUUACGUAAGGGAGGUACAAACAAAUUGAUUAAAAUUUGUCACCGAAAUGGAAAAUAUGGUUUUACUGAGCCAUACACAUUUGACUCUGUAGUCGAGCUAAUCAAUCAUUUUAGACAUUGUUCAUUAUCUCUUUACAAUGCAUCACUUGAUAUCAAGUUAUUAUAUCCAGUAUCAAAGCAUAAUCAAGAGGAUGAAGCUGCCAAAUUGGAAAAAGAUGAAAAUUUAUGGCUCAAUCUUCAUGAAAUUACUUCAAAAAUUGAAAUAAACAAUAAAAAACUAGGUGAUUUAACUAAGGCUUUCGCAGAAACGAAAGAGGAAGUGGAGGCAAAGAAACAAGCCGUAGAAGCGUAUGAGGAACUAGUUAGAAUGUUGAAGGAACAAGUAGAACUUCAAGAAAUCGUAUGUGAUCAAGAAGCUCAACCUCACGAGGUGAAAGAAUUGGAAAUAAAUCAAGAAUUAUUAUCGAAAAGACUGAAAUUGUUGGAAGAGAGCUAUGAUCAACUUUCGGAAAAUUUAAAAGAGAAGAUUGAGGCGAAAAAAUCGUUAGAUAGGGAAAUAACGUCAUUAAAAUUAGUAAUUUUGAGCUUGAUCAAAGAACAAGAGAAAUGCAUUCGCUGGUUGCAAGAUAGAGGGAUCUCGUUAGUGAAAAUAAAUCAGGUUCUUCACAGAUCGGAGAAAGAGGAAUUCGCCACUGAAACUGAGGAUUUGGAGGAUUUUCCCCAUCAUGACGAACGUACAUGGCUUAUGUUGAAUUAUUCCAGAGCGGAUGCUGAAAGGGCUCUUAUGAACACGCCAGAUGGUACUUUUCUCAUAAGGAAAUCGGGUACAAAUGUGAAUGCUCUUGCGUUGUCUAUUUCAUGUAAUGAUGUUGUGAACCACUGUAUUAUUCAUCGGAGAAGCACUGGUCUCGGAUUUGCCGAACCUUAUAACAUUUAUCCAAGCCUAACUGACUUAGUUCUGCAUUAUGCGACAAAUUCUUUGGAAAUACACAACGACUCCUUAAAAACGAAGUUGUUGUAUCCAAUUGGAGCUCAAUAUACAGCUGGAACAACCUAUAUUGAAAGUUUGAAAGGUUUAAAAGUGUAGUAAGUUCUACAAGUUUUUACACUUUAUUAUGCUGUGAUUAUAUAUGUAGUGUUUUGUAAGGACAACUCAUAAUAUCAUUUUAUUGCAUUUUUAAAUAUUUUUCGAAAUAUAAGUCUUUCAGAACUUUUGAAUGAAGCAAAUCGAAUAAACAUGGAGGAAAUAAUUUGUAAAUAUUUACUGAAACUACAGGGUGUUUUUCUUUACACCCGGAACGCAUAUAUAUUUAAAUUUCUUUUCUAUUUUUGAUUAUUCUCUUUGUCGUGCUCUGCAAUGAAAUAUUCCAAAUGUUGUUCAUUGGUAUGCUAUUAUAUCCCAAAAAUCCCAAUUUUUCACUUACCCUAGUUCUUAGUAUUUUUUUAACUACAAAACCAAAAAAUUAUUAUAUAUUUAAGUUAUAGUUGUAUGCAUACUAUUCAGUCCAAUAAGUGAUAUUAUACAAGACAAAAAUAAAACUCAAUUCCAUUAAAUUAUUCAUUGAAAAAAUAAUAUUCUUUGUGUAUUAAAUUUUACUCUAUCUUACAUCUUUUUCGAAAAUAUUAUAAGUCUGAUAUGUAAUAAAGGAUACUUAUUUAUAAAUACACAAACCAAUAAAA